AACUAAUUGAUAUUUUCCUAUACAAUAAUAUGUAAAUUACUCAUUCCUGAUAACGAACUUAUUCCAGCACAUAUUUUAACUGAUUGCCACUUCCUUAAAACCGAUAUUACUUGAAUAAUAUAUUAGUAUAUCUAACAAAACGACACGAAUACCUAUUUUUAUUCAUUUGUAGAUAAAUAAAACCUUCCUUUCUUAAUAAACAGUGGAUUAAUUAAAAAACAUGAUUAACUAUUUUUAAAAAUAGUGAUCCAAUAUUAACUGAAAAGAGUGAACAAGAUUAAAAUAGCCAAUGAACUAACUAAAAAUAGUGUUUUUGUUGAUUCUGAACAGUGCAUUAAUUAAUUGUUAAUCGUGACCAAAAUAUUAACUAAAAAAAUAUUAACUUAAAAAUAAUGAUGAAUGAUUAACUAAAAUAGAACAUAAAUCAGGGCCUACUAUUUUAAUUAAUAAAAAAGGACAAUUUAACCAAAAAUAGUGAUUGUAUAUUAAUUGAAAGAGUGAACUAAAUAAAUCAGCUAAAUUACUAACUAAAAAUAUACUUCGUUCAGUGAUUUAACUAAAAAAAAAUGGUUUGACUCUAAAUUAAUUAAUUAAAAACAGAUUAACUAAAAUAGUGCUCAAAUAUGACUAGUGAAAGUACUUACAGGCAGAUAGUGAGGGUGAGUUCGAAGAAAAAUAGAAACUAUGACGAAGAAAAUGGAAAACAGUUUGUUAACCAUUCGGUUGAUUGUCACGAAGAGGUAGUAGACCCUUUUACCAUCAAAAGGAGAGAAUCUCUGCAAAAUAACGUUUACGAUAUUUACGGAAAGGUAAUGUUGCUGGGAGAUUCUGGAGUCGGGAAGACUUGCAUCCUAAUGCGAUUUCGAGAAGGUACUUUUUUGGCUGGGAAUUUCAUAUCUACAGUGGGCGUCGAUUUUAGAACGAAAGUAGUCACCGUAGACAACACGAAAGUAAAAUUACAAAUUUGGGAUACGGCGGGACAAGAGAGAUUUAGAAGCGUGACGCAUGCGUAUUACAGAGAUGCGCACGCGCUCCUACUGCUGUAUGACGUCACGAACAAAAUUAGUUACGACAAUAUCCGAGCUUGGCUCGGGGAAAUUCGAGAAUACGCACAAGACGACGUAGUUAUAAUGUUAUUAGGAAAUAAGGCAGAUUGCGGUAUGGAUAGAGCUAUUAGAAGAGAGGACGGUGAACGAUUGGCGAGAGAGUACAAUGUCGCGUUUAUGGAAACGUCCGCUAAAAGUGGACAAAACGUCGAAUUGGCUUUCGUAGCUGUAGCCAGGGAGUUGAAAUGCCGUUCGACAGGACAAAAGGACACAAACACGUUCAACGUCAAAGACUACAUAAGGGAACAAACCGAAAAACCACAAUGUCCGCCUUGUACCACUUGAAAAUUAGAAACAAACAAAAACUCGACAAAACAGGGUGAUUCAACAAUUUUAAAUAAAUCAAUUAUCUUGGUUAUACGAAUCACCCUGAAAGUAUAGCGUGGACAACAAAACAUACUUUUCCCAGAUUAUUUUUUAACAAUUAUUAACUCUCCGUGUACAUCUUUGUAUUUCUACAGGGUAAGAAUACCAAAAAUGGUGACUAAUACGAAUAUUUCUAAAUUAUGUUAUUUCAUUUUUAAACACACUGUACAUUUAGAAUAAGCAUCUUCGAAAAUUAGUAUAUUAGACAAAAAUUAGUCAUUAUUUUACAACACAAAGCUCUCACUCUGUAUGUAUUUAUUUAUAUGCGAGUAAGUAGUAAUUUUCACAUUUUUGGUACACCCUAUAUGAAAUUUAACUGUAAUUUAUUUAAAAAAAACU